UCAGGUAACAAAACGUUCAAGUAAACAUUGAAUGUCAGUUAACAUGAGAGUCGUAAAAUAAAGCUCAUCAGUUGAUAAUAAAAGCUCUCAUCUUUUGUGUUUCAAUGUUCAGACAUGAUGACAAUGAAAAUGUUUACCUUGUGAACUGACAAGUUUCCUCUUGACCAAAAAGUUUAUCCAUGUAAAUUUGUGACAAUUUUGUUGACCAACAAUCAACUGUUGACUUGGAUAAUGAAAAGAAAUGAAGUUUGGGUGAAAAAUCAACUUAUCAUUGAAAUGAGUCGAAAAAGGAUGAAAAAAAUGAACCUCGAAACACCAUCAAUUGACCCAACAAUUUGAAUGAAGACAUUUUCAUUUUGCAAACAUUUGGACUAAAACAAAAGAUUCAACUCAACAGAUUAUCAUGAGAUUUAUAUCAUCAUCUUACAUUAUCCUGGCUUUGGAUGGCUUUGGUUUUAUUCAUGGUAAAGGAUUAGCCGUUAUUGGUGGUAAAGGUAACCGAGAAGUUUGUCCGGAUUGUCCAGAUAAUUACAAUGCAGAAGAAUUGACCUGGGCUUUGGUCACUUUGGCCAUUGUUACGGGCCUUUUUUUAUCCAUUUGUUUUUGCCGUUUCUAUCCUAAAAUCCGUCAAUUGUUUACUUCCAAUGGUGAAGGUGUAACUAAAUCUUGUCACUGUAAAAGUACACUUCACAGAGGCUCAAUCAAUCCGCCAACCAGUAUGAUAACUCCCAUCACAAUGAUGAACUCAACCGGCCAGGGUUCACUUGCCUCUCAAUCAACAGGCAACACAAUGGUAUCCAAUUCAACCAGUAAAAGUUCAUCAUUGACUAAACAAUCUUCAACCGAAAUUAACGCCAACCUUUGUUUAACCAAAAACAAUGCCAACAAUAGGACGCUAAACGGUUUUAAUCAUAGUAUUAAUGACAACUUUAACAGUACAAAUGCAACUAAAUUAAGCAACAAUGAUAGUUUAAUGAGUAACCCAAAAGGUUCAAGGAUUAGUGUCUCUUAUUCAACUCCAAUGGAUCCCUUCAACAGUGAACCAACAACCAGUCUAAGGUCAAUCUCAUCGUCAACCUCAGCCUCACACGCCUCUGCAUCAACAAUUGUCCCAUCAUCUGCCUCUUCACAUACCUCAUUAUCCUCAUCAAAUCAUCUACAAUAUCAUCAGCAACAUCAUAACCCUCAUCACGCUCAUCAACAACAGCAACAUAAUCAUUCUCAUCGAUCAUCUCUUAAAUCAACCAUUGCUCCAGCAAACUCAUCUACAUGCCAAUUAAUGUGUCCACAAGUAGUAUCAAUAACCACAACAACAACACCGGCAAUAAUAAAUGAUCAAUCAACUGUUUACACUUCACAUAUUUAAACUGCAAUGAUUGAUAGGACUCAAUGAACGAAAAGUAAAUAAUUUGAAUCAAUUAACCGGAAAACCAAAUGAACAUUGAAAUCGUUCAACAUUGAACCAUUGAUGAUCCAUCAAAAUAUCAAGCAAUAUUCAACAAUCAAAUUGUUACAACAGAACAUGAAAAAAACAAAAUCAUCAAAUGAUACUUUUCGUUUCACCAAUUAACCUCUUCUUUUGUAAAACAAAAACUAGAUAUUUUUCACCUCCAUCAUGGUAAUACUUCAAAGAUUUCAAGGAUUUUUCCUUCCAUUUUCAUUCCCUUCAUCUUUUCUCAUCCUUGCCCUUUCAAUUGUUAAUGUUGACCAAUUGAAAUUAAAAAUUUGGACCAAAAGAGAAACGAGAAAAAGCAAAAUUUCCAGUUCAUCAGUUUUGUUGUUAAUGUUUCAUCGCAACUCAUCGACAAACAUUUAAUAUGAAUAGUGAUUGUAAUAAUGUUGCAAAUAAAUGAUCAAAUUGAAUCAAUUGAAUCAUCUCUUUACUUUUGGACGCAAGUUAUUAACCUUUAACUCUUUUAAUCAACUGAUUACGAUUGAAUCAAAGCAUAUUUUUUAUUGCAUCCAAUUUGAAUGUUUCCAACUUUCCCCUGUCAUUUACAUUUGUAAUUAAAGAUGCAACCAAUUUGAAUGCAAAUUGUGUUUCAACUGUAAUCAGUUUUCAUUUGCUUUUCGUUGAAUAUCAUCUUUGAAAAGUAAAUCUCAAAUGUUAUCAUUCAAUGUGCUCAUCAAUUUAUCGUCAAAAUUCAAGUAAAAACUCGAGUUGUACAAACUAAAGAAAAAAUGAUUUUCCAUUGAAUUUGCUUUACAUUCAGAAUCGUGUUUAAACUUUCAAUUUGUUGGUUUGCUUAAUGCAAUAAACACUGACCUUUGAAGCCCAAAAGGGGCAUUAAUUGUUGAAAAUUGAGUGAAUCGAGUUUUCAGUAAGUUCAAAUUCUCAUUCAAAGGCCAUCAAUCUUGCACAUGUUGACAGUUUAAUCGUUUGUUUAUUAUAUGAAAUGAUACAAAGAGCAUCAGAUUCUUUCUCAUUCAGUUUCAACUCGCGAAUUUUUGCUCUCAAAUAAUCAUGAAUUUUGUCCUCGAGACUUGUUUACGAUCAUUUUAACUUGGCCAGUCUCAUUCACUAUUAAUUGUUGAUUCGAC